AUGAAGUGUUUAGCUGUUUUAGUAAUAGAAAUGAGUAAAUUCCGGUUAGAAUCUAUAAUUAGAGACACAGAUUUAAUUUUUAACUUUUGGAUUUAUGCAAAAAGUAGACAAUUCUUUUUUAUUUAUAUGAAGAGUGACGAGAGAGAGUGGACCUCAUUUCUUAAUGCAAGGCGGGGGUUGUUUGUGUCCGGGGUUUCCGGCAUAUUUACGUCCAGUGAAGAGGACAAGGCUCUUAAGGUUGAAUUUGAGGCCACUGUACGAAUGCAUCCAACACACCUUCCGUUAGGAUUUGAUGUAGAGGCACUAAAAACAGAAAGGCACAGAUUGCAAAGCAUAAGAAAAGGGAUGGCAAUUAAAAGAAUAGUCCGUGAGUAUGCGGAUAGGAAUGGAAUUCCGUAUGAGGAGAUUGAGAAGGACCCAAAGGCGUAUUUAGAAGGCCGGAGGGAAGAAAGUGAUGCAUUCACUACGCUUCUGAAUAUAAAGAAGAUUGGUCUAUACCAUGAGCAGACUGUUCUCAGAAGAAAUGUAUACAAAGGAAUCAAGGAGAUUAUUUCUCCAGAGAUUCUGAAGUCAUCUAAAGUGUCGCUAGCGCACAAGCAAGAGAAUUUAUACGAUCUGCGGGUGCUUUCUGAGCUAGAGACGCGGCAUAUUGCUGCAGGAGAGGCAAAGAAGGUGGCGUGGUGGCUGUCUAUGCUGAAAAACAUUAAGCAGGUUGCUUUGAAGUCUGUGCAGUCUCUAAAGGACCAGGUUGCCAAUCAGCAGAGAAUAUUCAUUGCUGUGAAUGCAAUACAUGAAAAGCACAGGAAAGAAGAGGAGAAGUCUAAGAGGAAGGCAGAAAAGGCAAGAAUACAGGCGCUGAAGUCAAAUGACGAGCAGGAGUACUUGAAGCUGCUGCGGCAGGAGAAAAACACCCGGCUGACCCACAUUCUGCAAAAGACAGAUGAAUACAUUGAUGUUCUCAAGAAAAGAAUAAAGCUGCAGCAGGGCUCAACAGACAGCAAGUCUCUAGAGGAGGAGCCAAUGGACUACUUUGAGGCUGCGCAUUCUUCAAAGGAGCUAAUCAAGGAGCAGCCCAGGUCGGUGUCUUAUGGUCUUCUUAGAGAGUAUCAGCUAAAGGGUGUAGAGUGGAUGGUCAGUCUGUACAACAACAAGCUUAAUGGAAUACUUGCUGAUGAAAUGGGAUUGGGUAAAACAGUGCAGGCAAUUGUGUUUAUCUGCUAUAUUUUGGAGAAGAAGCAGGAGACAGAUCCGUUUUUGGUGGUUGUUCCUUUGUCUACUUUUUCUAACUGGCAGUCAGAGUUCAGCAGAUGGGCGCCUUCAAUUAGGGUUCUUCCGUAUAAAGGUGAUCCUGGGCAUAGAAAAGACCUUAAAAAAGAAACAACCGAGGGGAAGUAUGACGUGCUGCUGACUACUUUUGAAUAUGUAAUUAAAGAUAAGAAUUUCCUGUCGAAAACCUCUUGGCUGUACACAAUAGUAGAUGAAGGGCACCGAAUGAAAAACAGCGGGUCAAGGCUUUGUGUGGUAAUGAACACCUAUUAUAAAUCUAAAUACAGGCUGCUUCUUACCGGAACUCCAUUGCAGAACAGUCUUCCUGAGCUAUGGUCACUUCUUAACUUUGUGCUCCCCAAGAUAUUCUGCAGCGGCGGAAGCUUUGACGAGUGGUUCAAUGCGCCUCUUAUGCACGUUGGAGAGAAGAUAGAGCUGAAUGAAGAAGAGGAGCUUCUUAUUAUUAAGCGGCUGCAUAAAGUUCUAAGGCCUUUCUUAUUAAGAAGGCUCAAAAAAGACGUGGAAGCUGGGCUGCCUGAUAAAGUAGAAACAAUUAUUAAGUGUGGUAUGUCACAGCUUCAAAAGUCUCUUUACAAUGAAGUUAGAAGCACAACUCUGAAAAAGAAUGACUCUGUCAAGAAGCUUAACAAUACUAUUAUGCAGCUGAGAAAGAUAUGUAACCACCCCUUUGUCUUUGAUACUGUAGAAGAGUUUGUAAACCCUCUUAAGAUCAACAAUGAGCUUCUCUAUAAGGUAAGUGGUAAGUUUGAGCUGCUCAGAAGAAUGCUGUACAAGCUCCGGGCAACUGGGCACAAGGUGCUGAUGUUCUUCCAGAUGACACAAAUAAUGACAAUUAUGGAGGACAUGUUGGUUAUGGAAGGGUUUAAAUACCUAAGGCUUGAUGGUGCUGUGAAGAGUGAAGAGCGUGCGUCCUUGAUCUCUUCAUUCAAUGACCCCACCUCUGGGUAUCCGGUCUUUCUUUUGAGCACCCGUGCAGGUGGUCUUGGUUUGAACCUGCAGAUUGCAGACACUGUGAUUAUUUUUGAUAGCGACUGGAAUCCGCACGCUGACCAGCAGGCACAGGACAGAGCGCAUAGGAUAGGGCAGACCAAGGAGGUUCGUAUUUACAGGCUUAUUACUGCGGACACUGUUGAAGAGUAUAUUCUUGAAAAGGCGAACCACAAGCUGCACGUGGAUGAGAAGAUCAUCCAGGCCGGGCGGUUUGACAACAGGACUACCCAUGAGGAGAGAGAGGCGCUUCUCAGAAAUAUUUUUGAAGAGAAUGUGGAGGGAGAUGCCGCAUGCGUUGUUUCAACUGACCAGGAACUGAACAAAAUACUUGCAAGAAGUGAGGCAGAAAUGGUUGAGUUUAAGAAAAUAGACGAGUCAAACAUUCUUGGUCCGUUUGAUCUGUACUCUGGGCCUGCCCCACAGCUAAUUGCAAGCGAAAAAGAAGCAGCAGAGGAGGAGUACACAGGAAAGAGAAAGACUUCAAUGCGCUCUUCAAAGGCCUACAAGAGAAGCAGCAUAGUCCCUACGUGCACUAACAUUCUUAACAGUUUGGUCAAAAGUACUGUAAAUGGAAGAAAACGGAUUGAGCUGUUCUUGGAGUUGCCAGACCCAGAUAUAUACCCAGACUACUACCAAAUAAUACAGUACCCAAUAUCUGUCUCUGAAAUUCGGGAGAACAUAGAGUCGUAUGAAUCAAUGGAUGAGUUUGAAGCAGAUGUAAAAAGAAUGUUUAAGAAUGCAAUGAUUUAUAACGCAGAGAACAGCAUGGUCUAUCAAGAUGCAGAGUACCUUCUACACGUCUUUGAGACCCUUGUCGAUGAACCAUAAGCAAUAAAAAUCA